AGCCAUGAGCCCUGGGCUGCUGCUGCUCGGCAGCGCCGUCCUGCUCGCCUUCGGCCUCUGCUGCACCUUCGUGCAUCGCGCUCGCAGCCGCUAUGAGCACAUCCCCGGGCCGCCGCGGCCCAGCUUCCUCCUAGGACACCUCCCCUACUUUUGGAAAAAGGAUGAGGUUUGUGGCCGUGUUCUCCAAGAUAUGUUUUUGGAUUGGGCUAAGAAGUACGGACCGGUUGUGCGAAUCAAUGUCUUCCACAAAACCUCAGUCAUCGUCACGAGCCCUGAAUCUGUCAAGAAGUUCCUGAUGUCAACCAAGUACAACAAGGACUCGAAGAUGUACCGUGCUAUCCAGACAGUGUUCGGUGAGAGACUGUUUGGUCGGGGCUUGGUGUCUGAAUGCGACUAUGAGCGUUGGCACAAGCAGAGAAGAGUCAUGGACUUGGCCUUCAGCCGCAGCUCCUUGGUCAGCCUGAUGGAGACUUUCAACGAGAAGGCCGAGCAGCUGCUGGAGAUCCUCGAAGCCAAGGCCGAUGGGCAGACCCCGGUGUCCAUGCAGGACAUGCUGACCUGCGCCACCAUCGACAUCCUGGCCAAGGCAGCUUUUGGGAUGGAGACGAGCAUGCUGCUGGGUGCACAGAAGCCUCUGUCCCAGGCAGUGAAGGUGAUGCUGGAAGGCAUCAGCGCGUCUCGCAACACCCUGGCCAAGUUCAUGCCAGGAAAGAGGAAACAGCUGCGCGAGAUCCGGGAGAGCAUCCGCCUUCUGCGCCAGGUGGGCAAGGACUGGGUGCAGCGCCGCCGGGAGGCGCUCAAGAGGGGCGAGGAUGUGCCCGCAGACAUUCUCACGCAGAUUCUCAAAGCUGAAGAGGGGGCCCAGGGGGACGAGGUCCUGCUGGACAACUUCGUCACCUUCUUCAUUGCUGGUCAUGAGACUUCUGCCAACCACUUGGCUUUCACAGUGAUGGAGCUGUCUCGCCAGCCCGAGAUCGUGGCAAGGCUGCAGGCUGAGGUGGACGAGGUGGUCGGUUCUAAGAGGCACCUGGAUGUUGAGGACCUGGGGAGACUACAGUACCUGUCCCAGGUCCUCAAAGAGUCAUUGAGGUUGUACCCGCCAGCAUGGGGCACCUUUCGCCUACUGGAGGAGGAGACCUUGAUUGAUGGGGUCAGAGUCCCUGGCAACACCCCUCUCUUGUUCAGCACCUAUGUCAUGGGGCGGAUGGACACCUACUUUGAGGACCCGCUGACUUUCAACCCUGACCGCUUUGGACCCGGAGCGCCCAAGCCUCGGUUCACCUACUUCCCCUUCUCCCUGGGCCACCGCUCCUGUAUCGGACAGCAGUUUGCUCAGAUGGAGGCGAAGGUGCUCAUGGCCAAGCUGUUGCAGAGGAUCGAGUUCCGGCUCGUGCCUGGACAGCGCUUUGGGCUGCAGGAACAGGCCACGCUCAAGCCACUGGACCCAGUGCUGUGCACCCUGCGGCCUCGAGGAUGGCAGCCUGCGCCCCCGCCCCCGCCCUGUUGAACCCUGGGCAGGGUCAGACAUCUGGCCAGGGCCUCACUGCCAACUGCUGCCGCCCACACAGACGCUCACCUGCGCCCGUGCCCCUUCCUCAGCUGCCCUCCACGCUGGCUCCUGGUGGGCUCUGUGCCUACGCCUGCUUCACACCCCCAGCAUUCCCUGUCGCCUGCUGGCUCCUCAGCCCUUCCUGGUGGGCCCUGCCUGACUCCCAGACACCAAUACCGUCGACUUUCCCAUACUCUGAACCUCUGCUCUGGCCACGCCCGCAAAAGAGACACCCUAACUCUUGCUCAACCCCCAAAGUCCUUCUCAAGUGAUGCCUCCCCAGGAAGCCUCCCUGCCACCCCGUGAGGUCAGGGUCCCUCCUCUGUGCUCCCUCGGUCACCUGUGCUACCUCUAACUCCACACUGACCACACUGUAUUGUGAAUUCCGCUGACGUGACCAGCUGCCCGGCCAGGCUGUGACCACCACAGGGCAGGGUCUGCGUGCACUUUGCCUCUGAGCCCCCUGUGGUCAGGCAGGGCCUGGCACAGAGUCAAUGCCCAAUAAAUAUGUGUUGACUGCA